AUGAGAUAUACAACAACCCCAUUUACCAGAAGGAAAUCCUUCUGGUCAGUCAACCUCUUUGAACAGAAGGAAUCCCUUCUGUUUGAUGAGGUUGAGGUAUCCAUUGGUGACAAGCCUGCCGGUAACAAACCUGCCACCGGAAAACCCAGAGACAAGCCUGCUGAUGCUGCCGACGGAAAACCUGUUGGUGACAAGGCCGUCACUGAGAAGCCCGCUGAUGUGAAGCCUGCUGAAGGGAACCCACCUGCUGGUGAGAAGCCAGCUGACAAAAAACCGGCAGGUGACAAGCCCGCCGCUGUGAAGCCUGCCAAAGGGAACCCACUGGCCAGUGAGAAGCCUGAGCCUGCCAACAAAAAACCGGCAGGUGACAAGCCUGCUGACGCAAACACCGUUGGUGAGAAACCAGAGGACAACGGGGCCGGAAACCCCACAGGACAGGCUUAA